AUGAAAACUAUAAUUCUUCUUGGGCUUCUGGGAGCCACAAUGUCAGCCCCACUUAUCCCACAGCGCCUUAUGUCUGCAAGCAACAGCAAUGAGUUACUUCUGAAUCUUAAUACUGCUCAGCUUCAGCCACUACAGUUUCAGGGCCCAUUUAAUUCAUGGAUUCCUCCUUUCUCUGGGAUUCUACAACAGCAGCAGCAAGCUCAAAUUCCAGGGCUCUCCCAAUUCUCUUUAUCAGCUUUUGACCGGUUGGCUGGACUGUUCCCAAAUCAGACACCUUUCCCAGGAUGGGUCAGUUUUGCCCAGGGAACUCAGGUGGGACAGCUGGACCCCUCACAGCCUCAAACAUCACCACAGACCCAACAGGGCUCUAAUCAUGUUAUGCCCUAUGUGUUCUCCUUCAAAAUGCCUCAAGAGCAAGCACGGAUGUUUCAGUACUAUCCAGUCUACAUGCUCCUACCUUGGGAACAACCUCAACAGAUAGCCACACAGUCACCUCCACAAACAGGACAGCAGCAAUUUGAGGAGCAGAUGCCAUUCUAUACCCAAUUUGGAUAUAUUCCAGUACAAGUAGAACCUGUUAUACCGGGAGUCCAGCAGCAACUAGCCUUAGAUCCCUUCACAGACACAGCUUCUGAAACUGUUGUGAUGCCAGCAGGAGCACAAAAAGAAAUGAUAAACUUUAAGCAUGCCAACAGAGGACUUUUCAUUCCUUCUACUUCACAAAAACCCAGCACUACAAAUUAUUUUGCUCCUGCUAUAGACCCAACUAUUACCCCCCAGGUGAUGGAAAAGAAGGCCCAUUCAGCUAGACUCCUGAUGCACUUCUGCUUAGAAUCAGAAUUAUUUAGUGGCAGAUAUCAUGAAGUGCACACUCCCAGUAAGACACAGCUACAUAGAGAGGUGGAUGUCAUCACCUAA